CCCUGGAGAGAGUACUCUGAAGGUUGCUUGUUGUCGAAUAAAAACAACAUUUUUGCAAUGCAGCCACGAGGUCUGUGAUGGGUGUUUUCCUGGAACUCUGGACCUGCCCCCAGUAAGAAUUUUGUCAAAUAGGAAACCUGAUGUAAACUGUACCAAAGAUCAUUGUAGAUCCAGCAGAGCAGUAAAAACACAUCUGUCAAUAUGGAAGAAUAGUCCUGACAGUUGAGAAAAUGGCUGUGAAUUUGUCCACAUUAUGCAUCCCGCCAGCUGAUAGUCUGCAUCUUUGAGGGACUCGUGCUGGAAAUAUUUGUUUUACGUUUACUAAGGAUUUUUUUUCUCCAUUGUGGAAGGACGUUUUCUUCAUGACAAGUGUUGUACGUAGGCCAGGAGAAAUGGCGAAUAAUUCAUACAGUGGUGUGAAGAACUCUGUGGCAGAGGCCAACCAUGAUGGAGAGUUUGGUGUCACAGUUAAAGAUUUGCGAGAUCUUAUGGAACUACGGGGAGCAGAGGGAUUACGUAAAGUAGAGGAGUGUUAUGGAGAUGUUUCAGGACUUUGUUCAAGGUUGAAAACACAACCUGUUGAAGGUUUAAGUGGAAAUCCUACAGACAUUGCAAGAAGGCAAGCAGUGUUUGGACAGAACUUUAUACCUCCAAAAAAGCCAAAAACAUUUCUACAGUUAGUAUGGGAAGCAUUGCAAGACGUAACCUUAAUUAUUUUAGAAGUUGCAGCAAUAGUUUCAUUAGGCCUUUCUUUUUAUCAACCUCCAGGCGGAGACAUAGAAGUCUGUGGUACUGCUUCUGGUGGUGUGGAGGAUGAAGGGGAAUCACAUGCAGGCUGGAUCGAAGGGGUCGCAAUUCUUCUGUCUGUAGUUUGUGUGGUGCUAGUAACAGCCUUUAAUGACUGGAGUAAAGAGAAACAGUUUCGUGGGCUACAAAACCGAAUCGAACAAGAGCAGAAGUUUACUGUUGUCAGAGGUGGCCAAGUCAUCCAGAUACCAGUGGCAGAAAUUGUUGUUGGGGAUAUUGCACAAGUGAAAUAUGGUGACCUUCUACCUGCUGAUAGUGUGCUAAUUCAAGGAAAUGACCUGAAAAUUGAUGAAAGCUCACUUACUGGAGAGUCUGAUCAUGUCAAAAAAACCUUAGACAAGGAUCCAUUGCUGCUUUCAGGUACCCAUGUAAUGGAGGGGUCUGGAAAAGUGCUAGUUACUGCUGUAGGUGUAAACUCACAAACUGGAAUUAUCUUUACUUUACUUGGGGCUAGUGACGAUGAGGAUAAAGACAAGGAAGAAAAACAAAAGAAAAAGGACAAGAAAAACAAAAAGCAAGAUGGCUCUGUUGAAAAUCGUAACAAAGCUAAAGCUCAGGAUGGAGCUGCCAUGGAAAUGCAGCCUCUCAAGAGUGAGGAAGGUCUAGAUGGAGAUUCACAGGAAAAAAGGAAAGCAAACACGUCAAAGAAAGAAAAAUCUGUUCUUCAAGGAAAGCUUACAAAACUAGCAGUCCAAAUUGGCAAAGCGGGGCUAGUGAUGUCUGCUAUUACAGUCAUCAUCCUUGUAUUGUACUUUGUCAUCAACACCUUCUGGGUCCAGAAUCUCAGUUGGAUCACUGAGUGCACGCCAAUUUACAUCCAAUAUUUCGUGAAGUUCUUCAUCAUUGGUGUCACUGUACUGGUUGUAGCUGUACCAGAGGGUCUUCCACUUGCAGUCACGAUUUCUCUGGCCUACUCUGUAAAGAAAAUGAUGAAAGAUAAUAAUUUGGUUAGACAUCUUGAUGCUUGUGAAACCAUGGGCAAUGCUACAGCUAUCUGCUCUGAUAAAACUGGAACUCUGACCAUGAAUAGAAUGACUGUAGUCCAAGCCUUUAUUGGGGAAAAGCACUAUAGAAAGGUUCCUGAACCUGAAGCUGUUCCUGAAAAGUGUUUGGAUCUCCUUAUUACAGGGAUUGGGGUCAACUGCGCUUACACUACUAAAAUAUUGCCUCCUGAGAAGGAAGGUGGUCUGCCACGCCAUGUUGGAAACAAGACAGAAUGUUCCUUGCUGGGGUUUGCUUUGGACUUGAAAAGAGACUACCAAGCUGUUCGAAAUGAAAUCCCAGAGGAAAAACUCUACAAAGUCUACACUUUCAACUCUGUCCGAAAAUCCAUGAGCACUGUUCUGAAGAAUGCCGAUGGCAGUUACCGUAUGUUUAGCAAGGGAGCCUCAGAGAUCCUCCUGAAAAAGUGUUACAGAAUUCUCAAUGCAGAUGGGGAAGCCAAGCUUUUCAGACCCAGGGAUCGUGAUGAUAUGGUAAAGAAAGUAAUUGAGCCUAUGGCCUCAGAAGGAUUGAGAACAAUCUGCUUGGCAUAUAGGGACUUCCCUGCUGGAGACUCGGAGCCUGAAUGGGACAAUGAGAAUGAUAUUUUAACCAGCCUCACCUGUAUUUGUGUUGUGGGGAUUGAGGACCCUGUCAGGCCUGAAGUUCCAGAUGCAAUCAAGAUGUGCCAGCGUGCUGGUAUCACAGUUCGCAUGGUUACAGGGGACAACAUAAACACAGCCCGUGCUAUUGCCAUAAAGUGCGGAAUUCUGUUACCAGGAGAUGAUUUCUUGUGCAUAGAGGGUAAAGAGUUUAACAGGCGGAUCCGCAAUGAAAAGGGAGAGAUUGAUCAGGAGCGCAUAGAUAAGAUCUGGCCUAAGCUUCGAGUACUUGCAAGAUCCUCCCCCACUGAUAAGCACACACUAGUAAAAGGUAUUAUUGACAGCACAGUAGCAGAACAAAGGCAGGUUGUUGCGGUAACUGGAGACGGUACCAAUGAUGGACCUGCCCUAAAGAAAGCAGAUGUUGGUUUUGCUAUGGGAAUUGCCGGCACUGAUGUAGCUAAAGAAGCCUCUGAUAUCAUUCUUACGGAUGAUAACUUCUCCAGCAUUGUUAAGGCAGUGAUGUGGGGCAGGAAUGUGUAUGACAGCAUCUCCAAGUUCCUUCAGUUCCAGCUUACUGUCAAUGUUGUAGCUGUAAUUGUCGCAUUCACAGGGGCCUGCAUUACUCAGGACUCUCCGUUGAAAGCAGUGCAGAUGUUGUGGGUAAAUCUUAUUAUGGACACGUUUGCCUCUCUGGCGUUAGCCACUGAACCACCCACAGAGUCCCUGCUCCUGAGAAAACCCUACGGCAGAAACAAACCCCUGAUCUCCCGCACCAUGAUGAAAAACAUUCUGGGGCACGGCGUUUAUCAGUUGACUGUUAUUUUUACUCUCUUGUUUGCUGGUGAGAAGAUUUUUGACAUUGACAGUGGGAGGAAUGCACCACUCCACGCCCCUCCAUCAGAGCACUACACUAUAGUCUUUAACACAUUUGUCAUGAUGCAGCUAUUCAAUGAAAUUAAUGCCCGCAAGAUUCAUGGAGAAAGGAAUGUCUUUGAGGGCAUCUUCAACAACCUAAUCUUCUGCAGCAUUGUGUUUGGAACAUUUGUUGUACAAAUUAUUAUUGUCCAGUUUGGUGGAAAACCCUUUAGUUGUAUAGGACUUAGUAUUGAGCACUGGUUGUGGUGUGUGUUCCUGGGAAUUGGAGCACUUCUUUGGGGCCAGCUGAUUUCCUCCAUUCCAACGAGCCGUUUGAAGUUCCUGAAAGAGGCAGGUCAUGGCACUCAGAAAGAUGAUUAUCCAGAUGAGGAGCUGGAGGAGGACAUGGAGGAGAUUGACCAUGGAGAGAGAGAGCUGCGCCGUGGACAGAUUCUCUGGUUCCGAGGGCUCAACAGAAUUCAGACCCAAAUGGAUGUAGUGAAUGCUUUCCAGAGUGGAAGUUCCUUUCAGGGGACUCUAAGGCGGCAACCCUCCAUCACCAGCCAGCAUCAUGAUAUCAGAGUAGUGAAUGCAUUCCGCAGUUCCCUGUAUGAAGGUUUGGAGAAGCCAGAAUCCCGAAACUCCAUCCAUAACUUCAUGAACCAGCCUGAGUUCCAAAUAGAAGAUUCCGUGCCCCACAUCCCUCUCAUUGACGACACAGAUGCAGAAGAUGACGCCCCGACCAAGCGCAACUCCUCUCCACCACCCUCGCCCAACAAAAACAACAAUGCCGUUGACAGCGGUAUCCACCUCGCCCUCGACACAAGCAAGUCUGCUACCUCUUCAUCCCCUGGAAGCCCCCUUCACAGCCUGGAGACUUCCCUCUGAUUGGAGCACACACAUACUCGCACACACCAACCACAUUUUUAUAUGCAUAAUAGAUCCAGAGCGUGUUUUAGUGGAAGAAAAUGUGGGGGGUGGGGGAGGGCUGGGGAGGAACAAUGUCCUUUUACACUGUAUGAUUGACAAGAUGCACAGCUCACCAGACUGGAACAGAAGGAGACAUUCAUGAGAAUAGAGUUCUUUCAAUGUUGUUUUUAAUUAUGUUUUUUUUUUUUUUUAUAUUUAUUUUUUUGGUUUUGUUGUUAUAUCCCUUGAUGGGGUGGGGGGGGCUUUCCAUAAAACUGAGGGUGCUUUGCUUAAUUUUUUCAUACAGAACUCUGAAAGCAAAAGUGUGUGUGGCGUCUGUCAACUCAGUCUGUGUGUGUGUGUGUGUGUGGGGGGGGGGGGGGUUCUAUUGUUCAAACUGAAGAUCAGCUGUAAUAAAGGAAGUACUCAUGAAAAACGUGUGUUGGCAAAACCUUUAGUUAAGUAUCUGGAUGUUGUAUUUAAAAAAAAAAAAAAAAAAAAAAAAAAUUCUUGGCCCUGGCUCAUUUUGAAUACUUUAAUUUCUGCUAUUGGUUGUUAAUAUUUUGAAUUAUUUAUGUUCUAAAAAAUGCAGAUCUGUUUACAAGGUUUGUAGAUACUUAUUUUCUGUUUGUAAGUGGAAGCUUCCUGGCACACAAUGCAGAGAAAUUAUUAAAAUAAAUAAAAUGGAGUGAAAGUAAUCCUUCAGAUACUGCUGUAUUUUCAGGAAAAAGGGUGUUUCUUUUGAAACUGUACAAUUUUUAUUUGUUAAAUAUUUGUAGAUGACGUACUAAUAGCUAAAUAGAUAACACUAAGGCUUGUAUAGCAAAGAGCAGAGGUGUAAGUUGGAGGAGGGUGGGGAAGGAAACUAUGCCUCUGUCCCAUUUACAUGUCUAAAUAUUUACUACUUAAUUGCUUUAAAUAACUGCUUCAAAGUUAUGUUUUCCAAGUUUGUGCAACACUGUUGGAUAUUUGUUUUUAUCAAAACGGAGUAUGGGGUUGAUUCUUCAAUGCAGGGAUCAAAAUAAAAUAAUUGGGUAUCUUACCUACCAAAAACACAACUGUUACAAAGGUUUUUAUUGUAUUCUAGAGGAUUCCAAGCAUCUCAAAGUACCAGAAAUAUUCCUUUAGCUGGUCCUUUUUUAGGAACAUCUGGAUUUCAUACCGUGAUGAUUGAUUCAGUGAUCAUUCAAA